AUGUCUUCUGGAACGCGGCUGUUCCCACAGAAAAAGGUUUCUUCUGUAGGGGUCGUUUUACAAAGUGGAAGAGGAGUCAGUGUUGGCCCUAUCCUGAAUGCUAUGAAGCUGAAAGCUCUUCUUCUUUCUGAUGGGAACUCCACUCGCAACUGGAAAGCCUUAGAUCUCUCCAAUAGUAGCAUCAGGAAGAUAGAGCUCUCCCUCGGCGAAGUUGCCGCUCUAGAUUUUGAAUGUCUGAAGCACCUUGACUUGGGUGGAAACCUGCUGGUCUCUCUAGAUGGGCACUCGUUACCGUUCCCCCAUCUGCAAACACUCCGAGCUAGCAACUGCCGCAUCAGCACCGUCACAAACUUUGGCUCCCAUUUCCGACUUCUUCAGUUGGAUAUUAGCGGCAACCACAUAACAGACAUAAUAGGUUUGUCCAAUACCCCCCUACGCUUUACACUGCGUGAGCUGAAUCUCGCUAGGAACCAAAUAAGCGAAUUUAAAGGCCUCGCUCCAUUGAGCACGUUCGAGUCCCUCGAGACAUUGGAUUUAAGACAGAACCCUCUAUGUAAUUUUGGUAACGUUGCUGAGGGCUUCGCGCUGAUUUGUUGCACAAGUCUUAGACAACUUAACGGACACACAGUUUCACCAACAGUGCGCAAGGCGGUAGACUCUUGGGCGGUGGGUGAAGCGUGUGGCCGCGCCACGGUGGCAACUGUGGAAGCUUUCCGGGAAAUCCUUCAAUAUCCACAAGGUGCUUCCGUCUUUUGCUCCACUAGUCGAUCCCUGUUGGUAGGACGCUUGAACAAAGUGCGAAGUGUCGGUGCCGUCUCCAAGCUACCGUACACCAGAACAGCCGAUUCCACCGCAAAUUCCGAUGCCGACUGUGUUGACGCCGUAAAUCGCAAGGACCAUGUUCCGAGCAAAGAGGAGUGUCGGUGUGUCCACUCACAUUCCCGUUUGCAUACGGAGCUGAACAAAGAAUUUCGCAUGGUCAUGAAGCUGUCACUGUCUUCUUCAGUGCAGACGACUGCGGAUGAGUUACAGGGAAGACCCGUUGGCAUUGCUUGUUCGUUAUCGGACGCUCAGAUAGGGUCACGCGCGUGCGCAACCCAGCAGAGCGAAGAAACAACAGAGGAGGCUCAGGCAUGCUCUGUCAGAGACUGCAGCCAACGAAAGUGUCAGUGUGAUGACUUGUCUGAUACUCGAGAUGGCGCUCCUUUGCUUGCGCAUCACAAGGAGGAUUUGAUAAAAACGACAAGCCCUGGACGCAACUGUGCUUCUGCGGAUGCCUUCAGAAGUUGCAUAGGUCAAGAAACACCAGUUGGAUGUAUCCGCCCUCUGGAACUUCCAAGAAACAGUACAUCUUCAUAG